AUGGCUCAGAAUCUCGCCAACACUCAACUUCAUUGGAGGCAGCAAGGCCUGACGAUUGACGACCUAGCCUGCACAUUGCUACUCCUUGUUGGAGGCUUUGUUUAUGUAUCUUACGGAACAAUAUGGGCGAAACCUGAUCCAUUUAAUUAUAAAUGGUUUGAACGCCCACAGCUGCAGUCAGAUAUAUCUAAGCCUCUGACACAAGAAACUCGUGAUAUUGGAGUCAAGACGAGAUCAGAUAGAGUCGAGCUGCUAAUCCUAUGGGGCUCGCAGUCCGGAACUGGGGAGGGCUUUGCCUCUCGUCUUGCUCGGGAAUGCAAGCAAGAAUUUCGUAAAAAGACCCUUGUUGCGGAUUUGGCAGACUACGACCCCAUGACCUUCGUUUCAAUUCCGAAUUCGGUCACAGUCGUUUUCUUGAUUGCCACUUACGGUGAAGGAAACCCAUCAGACAAUGCAGCAGCAUUUGCUGCGUGGAUCAAGUCGAACUCAUCCAAGGCAACGCCGGCUUCAGUCGAUAACCUCCGAUUUGCCGCCUUCGGACUUGGAAACUCCAAUUAUCAACACUACAACCAGGCGAUUCUAGAUAUCAGGAAUUGGCUGAUGAGAUGUGGGGCAACAGAACUCUUGCCUGUGGGCAUGGCCGAUGACUCGCAUGGGAAAACCGAGGAAGACUUCGUUGAAUGGAAGAAAUUACUGUUCGCAUUUUUCACGGAUACUUUAAAUUUCUCUAGUCAUCUAGACUAUGAGCAUAUGCCUUCAUACGAUGUCAGUUACCUGGACGAGGCUGCUGUAAAUGGUCUUGAGACGGGCAAUCCGACAGCGAUACAGAAACGACAUGGCAACAUGGAUAUCCGACCCUUACGGAUAAUUUCGACUCAGCAGCUAGUUUGCACAACGCAAAGAAGUUGUAUCCAUAUGGAAUUGGACUUGCGCGAGUUCCCAGAGCUUAAAUACAAGACUGGGGAUCACAUAGGGAUUUGGGCGUCGAAUCCUGACAACGAAGUUGAGCGACUUGUCAAGCUUUUGGGCCUGGAGCAAAAGCAGAAGCUUCCAAUAGCUAUAAGACAACUAGAUUCAGUGACAUCGGCGGCCAUUCCAACCCCAACUACCAUUCACGCUCUUCUCAGGUAUUAUCUUGAGAUCUGCGGACCUGUGUCCAGAGAUCUUGUUGCCUCACUCUCGCAAUUUGCGCCUACAUCUUCUGCGAAAUCAAAGCUAAGACACUGGGUAGAAGAUCAAGGUGAAUUCGCAAAUCUGCAAGCAAGCAGACAUCUGACACUCGGACGGGUGCUCGAGAUGUCAACAGAUGAACCCACCGUGUGGUCAAAUCUCAGCAUUUCUUUUCUUUUGGAACGGCUACCGUUGCUCCAGCCUCGAUACUACUCAAUAUCGUCGUCAUCAAUCGUUCAGCCGCGCCAGGUAUCUCUUACCGCCUCCGUAUCACGACGCUCUCUCUCUGGGGACCAGAUUGAACAGAUCCGCGGUCUAGCUAGCAACUACAUCCAUGCCCUCGACAACAGGUUGUCUCCAACCACUCUUUCCGCGUCGGCUGCCCCUGUGCAGUAUAAUCUUAACGGCUACAACGGUCAACUUGAAGGCAAACGAAUCUUUGCGCACAUUCGCCCUUCGAAGUUCAAGCUUCCAUUCUCAGCCUCGCGCCCCAUGAUAAUGGUGGCAGCAGGCACCGGCAUAGCGCCCUUCAGAGCAUUCAUACAGGAGCGCUGUCGCCUAGUGUCGAUCGGCAAAGGAGUUGGCACAAUGCUUCUAGUCUUUGGUUGUCGCAAUGUCGAAGAAGAGCUUUACAGGGAGGAGCUUAAGGAAUGGCAGCGCGUCCUGCAGGGUUCACUACUGAUUGUUCGCGCAUUUUCCCGAGCACCAGAAGAGACCAAGUGCUACGUCCAGCAUAGGGUCAAGGAGAACGUGGAACAAGUAGCGGAUCUCAUUAAAGAUUCCGGGGCAAACAUCUACAUCUGUGGCUCCGCUGCCAUGGGCCGAGAAGUGUCUGCCAUCAUUCGUAUUGCCCUUGCCCAGGCUUGCGGGUGGAGUGAUAGUGAAUUAGAAGAAUGGUCGAGGAAAGCAAAAGCGCAAUCCAAGUGGCAGGAAGACUUGUGGGGUUAG